CAUGUACGAGUUAUGACCUGACGAUAGCGCUUCAUUGUUAUCUCACUUUUUGGCUUCUUGCUGCCGUUUUCUUUCUUUGUCUUGUGUCUGGUGUUCUAUGACCCACCGCGCAUAUUAUUUCCAUGAUGAUGAUAUGAUUACGUCCUCUGUUUUUCUGCGUGCAAUGAACGAGUCUAUGCGACUUGGGGAUGAGCCUAUAAGACUUGGGGGUUUGGGUUAUGUUCUACGUACCUUAUUUACCCUACUUUGUAUCAUUAAUACAGUCGCAGCUAUUGGCUUCUCUGGCUUCGGCUUUGGCUUUCGGGCAUAGCACGUAUAUUAACCUGUCAAUCGCUGCAUGAUAAUAACAAUACGUC